AUCUUAGGUAAACCCAUCCCGUCACCAAUCUGGCCCUCUGCUUCUUUCGGUUUAUUUUACUCGAGAAAAGCCAGAAACCCAUUCCAUCACGUGGAUCCAUCCAGCCCCGGGAAAGUUCAACGAACCGCGACGGAGAGCCGUAAGCAGCCGUCUCCACUAUAUAAACCGCGACCCCGGGCUCGGUCACACCAUUCGACUCUCUUUCCCUUGAGUUCACACACAGUGAUCAGCUAUUCAGCGAGCGAGCAAAGCAGAGCAGAGCAGAGGAGCUCAGGAGCAGGCAGGCAAGGAUUGAAGGAUGCUGCUGAACCCGGCAGCGUCGGAGGCGUUGGUGCUGGAUAGCAUCAGGCAGCACCUCAUGGAGGAGACCCAUGGCGCGGCGGCGCCGUCUCAGGGCCAGAAGGGCGGGGCGAUGACGAGGCCGGCGUACCUCCGGAGCGCGAGCUUCGGGAGCCUGGUGGCGGACCAGUGGAGCUCGUCGCUUCCGUUCCGCGCCGACGACUCGGACGACAUGGUCGUCUACGGCGCGCUCCGCGACGCCUUCUCCUGCGGCUGGCUCCCCGACGGCUCCUUCGCCGCCGUCAAGCCCGAGCCCCUGCCUUCCUCCCCGGACUCCUACGCUAUCGCCGACGCUUCUUCUUCUUCUUGCUUCGCUUUCCUGGACCCGGACACUCCGAGCGAGGAGGCCAUGCCGGCGCCCACCAGGAGCGAGGAGGCCUCGGCGAGGGGGAAGCAACACUACAGGGGGGUGAGGAUGCGGCCGUGGGGCAAGUUCGCGGCGGAGAUCCGCGACCCGGCCAAGAACGGCGCGCGGGUGUGGCUCGGCACCUACGACGCCGCCGAGGACGCCGCCCUGGCCUACGACCGCGCCGCCUACCGCAUGCGCGGAUCCCGCGCGCUCCUCAACUUCCCGCUCCGCAUCACCUCCGAGAUCGCCGCGGCCGCCGCCGCCGGCCUCAAGCGCCCGGCCGCGCUCGAGCCGGCCACCUCGAACUCGUCAUCCUCGUCGUCGUCAUCUUCGGGGUCGCCGAAGAGAAGGAAGAGAGGCGAGGCCGCGGCCGCGUCCAUGGCCAUGCCGCUGGUGCCGCCGCCUUCUUCCCAGGCGUGGUUCGCGCCGGUCGAACAGGUGGUGGGCAUGGCGCCACGCCUGGAGCAGCUCGUCAGCUAGCUACAGGACCCGCUUGCCUCGUAUGAUAAUGAGACAAUGCGCUAAGGCGUGCAACGGAUUUGACCUUGCAAGUGCAUUGACGCGACAGGAACCUGCCCCCUUGCCUUGCAAAGUUGCACCUUGCAAGAUGAUGGCAAGGAAUUAGAUAUCGGGAUGGCGAGGCGAGCGAGCAAUCAAGCAAGCAACCGAAGCGACAGCUACAUUGGGAUAUUUGGAUGGAGCGUGAUAAAGAUCGUAGCAAUUGGGCCUGGGUGAGCCUAGAUAGUUCUACUGCUUGCUGCAACUCGCCCAAGUGGAUCAAACGGAAACUGUACUAUCGAUUGGCCGACUUCCCGUCAUCGUAAGGUCACGUGCGUCAGUGUCAGAGUGAGUGCGGUGAAAGUGAAACCACCCUGUGAUCUGGGUGGAAGUGAAAUGUGAAAGUGUUACAUCUAGGCAGAAAUGAGAGAAUCCCUCCUCUGUUUCUUGAUCUACCUAAUUAAGAGCUGGAAUUCCGUUCAAGCAA